CUCUCUCUCUCUCUCUCUCUCUCGGCAAUAAUGAUAACGUGAAGAAGAGGCACCUCAGCAAACGAUUCUAAACUCACCCGAUUCCAUUAGCCUUUUCGUCUUCUUCCUCCAAUUUGCUACAGAGCAGCGCGCUUGAAGUAGUUGGACUCUAUCGUGCGUAUUUUUUUAUUGUCUUGAAGACUUUUGGAGUUCUUCCUCUUCUUACAGAUCUGGUGUUACUGUCUACCGCAGAGAAGAGAUGGGGAAGAAAGCAAAAUGGUUUUCUAGCGUCAAGAAAGCAUUCAGCCCAGAUUCAAAGAAGUCGAAGCAAAAAUCUCUCGAGAGCCCAAAUGGUCUGAUCUCUAACCCUCCUCCUCCUCUUGAGGUGAGAGUAGCUGAAGUGGUUGUUGAACGGAACAUCAAUCUUUCCCCUCCUUCGACAGAUGCUGUCAAUGCUACGGCCACUGAUGUUCCUCUAGUCCCAUCUUCAUCUUAUGCUCCUCCUGAGGUGGUUCGUCCUCGUGCUACACCUACUCGGUUUGCUGGAAAGUCCAACGAAGAAGCGGCUGCAAUCUUGAUUCAGACUAUAUUCAGAGGCUAUUUGGCAAGAAGAGCAAUACGGGCAAUGCGGGGUUUGGUCAGACUUAAGUCAUUGAUGGAAGGAUCUGUUGUGAAACGUCAGGCUGGAAAUACUUUAAAAUGUAUGCAGACUCUGUCUCGUGUACAGUCUCAAAUCCGAGCAAGGAGAAUCAGGAUGUCAGAAGAGAAUCAAGCUCGCCAGAAACAACUCCUUCAGAAGCAUGCCAAAGAAAUAGCUGGCUUGAAGAACGGGGAUAAUUGGGAUGAUAGCAGCCAAUCAAAGGAGAAAGUUGAAGCGAAUUUGCUAAGCAAGUACGAAGCAACAGUGAGAAGGGAAAAGGCAUUGGCUUAUGCUUACUCUCAUCAGCAAAACUGGAAGAAAAACUCUAAAUCUGGAAACCCAAUGUUCAUGGAUCCGAGCAAUCCUACAUGGGGUUGGAGCUGGUUAGAGAGAUGGAUGGCUGGUCGGCCAUUAGAAGAACCAAACAAUGACAAUGCCGCUUCAGUCAAGAACUCAUCUACUAACCGUAACGAAGUCACAAAAUCUAUAAACCGCAAUAACUCAACUCAACCAAACACACCAUCAUCCGCAAGAGGUGGUGGAACUCCAAGAAACAAAAACAGUUUCUUCUCUUCUCCAACUCCCUCAAGAUUAAACCAAUCCUCCAGAAAAACUAGAGACGAUGACGACGCCAAAAGCACAAUCUCGGUUCUGUCCGAGAGGAACCGUAGACAUAGCAUUGCUGGUUCAAUAGUCAGAGAUGACGAGAGCCUCUCUGGAGCACAGGCUUUACCGAGCUAUAUGGUUCCAACUAAAUCAGCUAGAGCUAGGCUGAAGCCGCAGAGUCCGUUAAGUGGUACAACACAGGAGAACGAUGGGCUCGCAGACAAGGCAUCUGCUAAGAAACGUCUCUCUUAUUCGAGUUCACCUGCAUUGCCUAAACCACGGAGGUUCUCAGCUCCGCCUAAGGUGGAGAUUGGCGACGUUGCCGUGACCAAUGGAGGAGUAAGCUGAGCUAUUUAUUGAUUUGUCUUUUUUUAAGAAAAAGAUAUAUGUAAUUUUCCAAUUUAUGGAUCUGUCCGAGAUUGUUGUAUUGUAUGUUUUGUUAUGUAUUCCCUUCCGUAAUUCAUUUGUGCAGAGUGUAAGCGUUUGUUAUUUAUUUGUUUUACUAUUAAAGAAUUUCGUUAUUCG